GAAGCAGUUGUUGCGAAAUGCAAUGUUAUCUGCACCUCAAAGGACACCAGAAAUCCUAGGCCCUCUGCAAAUGAGUUACAAAGAGCAGACUACGUUUUCUACCGUACUUUCGAUGUAAGUAAAAACUCAAUAUCAGAGAAGUUUGCAGAUGAGAUUUGUGGAAUUAAAGUGGAGUUAUUUUUUAACAGAAUGAAAGGUCAACGGUCAACUAAUCCUCCAAGUAACCAAGCGGAAUUAAAAAAGCCGGGUGAACACUUUGAUAUGUUUUCCAGUUCCAGGAUAGAAUUGAACAAAUGCGAAGCCAGUCCAUCCAGGAGUGGGCCAAGCAAAAAGAUGUCUGUGUUAAAAGAAUCAGAGAAAGGCCCAUAUGAAAAUCCCAAGCUGAAAGGUUUUGCAGUUGAAAGUGGGACUGUGUCCUGCGUACAAGUUAAAGAUAAAUCUAAUGUGAGACCUUUUGAAGUUAGCUUAACUGAGAACGCAGAAGAUCCUCGACCUUACAAGAAGAGAACCAUUCUUCUAGAUGACAAAGGUUCCAUUAGUCAGAAAGGAGUAUCCACCAAGAGGGACAUUUUCGGAGCAGAGGCGUGUAAGAUUAUCGAAAAAGCAGGUGCUCAACUUGUAUCCAGAGAGGGUCUCAAAACUAACAAACAAGUUAUGGAAGUAACUAGAAGGCCUGAUGCUUCUUGGGAAGUUAAACUGCAGAAAGCUCAAGAAGCAGGUACACUGGUCUUGCUAGAAAAUUUGGACCCGUCCUUUGCUUCAGUUGACGUUGAGGUAGUUACGAUGAUUCUCCUUGUAGGUCUCUUUCUAUGA